AAACAACUCCUUUUCAGUCUGAUAUUUUGGCUUGAGCAGCACACUGUGUCAGCCCACACACGCCUGAUCAGGCUUUGGGGGGAAAACGCGGUCUCGCAUCACUCUUGGUUAUAAGCAUGUACACUUUGAUGGCGAGUAAUUCCUGGCUGCCUUUGACGCUGCUCUUAAUAACCUGCAGGGGGAGCGUGCAUUGCAAUGAAUUUACAGCUGCAGUGGAUCCUCCUGAGGACCUUAUGAUAUUAGACCGUGGUCAUCUUGGACAACUCGAGAUUACAUGGAGCCCCCCAGCGAGUUUGAGUAAUAUGACAGAGUGCUCACAACUGUAUCAACUGGAGUACUUCAACACAUACAGGGACAGCUGGACUGCUAUCAGGAUGGCUAAGAGAAGACACAGUGCCCAGUUUGAUCUGAUGAAAGAUGUUAGAGUAAGAGUGUACACCCUGCUAAGUGGCCCCUGCACCAACGGCACUAUGAUCAAGAGCUCGAGCUACGCUGAACUGGUCCAGAAACCUCCCAGCAUAGGUGUUGUGGGUACUGCCAUCCAGGAUUUUGUCUGUGUGUACCAUAACAUGAAGUACGUGGAGUGCAAGUGGGGAAACAGCCCAAAGAUGCCGGCCAAGUCACUGCAAAGUCUAUAUUUCUGGCACAAGAAGCUGGAACAGGCAGAGGAAUGCCCGAAAUAUCUCCUAUUGAGUGGAACUAGGAGCGGCUGCGACUUUACAGGGAAUUCUCUCCCUGAGUUCACUCAUAUCAACUUCUGUGUAAAUGGCUCCUCCCCUGAAGGGCCCCUGAAACCCAUAUUCAUUUCCCUGCAAAUCCAAAACCAUGUGAAGCCUGAAACCACAGAGAAGCUGCAUCUCCAAAAAGGUCCAGAUGCGCAGCUGGAACUACACUGGGACGGUCCUGCAGGGAGGGUCCCUGGACACUGCCUAGAAUGGGAAGUGGAACGCAGUCAAGAGGGAUCUGAUGGGAAAAUUGCUUUGCAACAGAUUUCAACCAAACAGAUGACUCUAACUCUGCCCUCCAUUCACGACGCUCAGAGAAACUGCUUCAAGGUUCGGUCCAAGUUGCACAACUAUUGUGCAGACAAGAGCUUUUGGAGUGAGUGGAGUAGUCCAACAUGCCAACCAGAAAAGAAAGAAGUGGCACCUGAAGCAGAAUGGGGCAUGGUACCUGUCUAUGUAUCUAUCCCUGUAGCCAUUGUCGCCAUACUGGUGCUGUCGCUGUGUGUGGGGGCAGUGCUCAUAGUGAGGAGGUCGAGAGAUAUGAAGAAGCCUGACUCUCUGCUCACCUAGAAAUUUGUUAGAAAUUGCUUUCUAACAAAUCGCUUUCAGAUGUGUCGUUGUACACAAGGAAGCUCUCAAAGACGCCACACCUUAUGACCUGCGAGAUUGUAAUCACUGCUAGCACAUAACUGAAGAUAUUACAUAUUAGGCUGAAGGUUACACUGGGUUACUUAGGCUAAUACAUGUAACAAACUGUUUUAUAUUAAUCCAACAUACUGCACUUUGCUUUUCUAUUUACAUUUGUAUACAAAUGCUUGAAUUUACAUGAACUAUUUCAAGCCAUGUUUACUGGAAAUGUUAUGUUUUGGUGAAAAGUCUUUAUGAUUUUUUUUGUGUUUUUUUCCUUUUUGCUAGACACUUGCCAGCUGAUUUAGUCAGCAGAUAUGACUUUUCCAAUGUUGUGUUCAGGAGCAAUUACCAUUUUUUUGGGAAUUAGUUUUUGACCUUUUACUUUUUGCCAGAUCUCUUGCCAGCUGACAAAGUCAGCCAAAGUCCACUUCAUGCUGUGGAACAUUUUUCUAUUUCAGUUUGAUGUCUUAUCAAUAAAUUACUGCCUUUUAACCUCAACUCUUUCCAGUUGGUUCAGACAACAUAUAUUUUAUUAUUAUGAUUUUCUUUCUUCAAACGGGUAAUACAGAAGAAAUUAGUGUAUCAAAAGCUUUUAAUGCCAAUACUCCUUGCCAGUUGUCUUGAAGAGUUUAAAAUGUAACUCAACCUGACUCCCAAAAUGUAACUGUGCCAUAUUGUGUUGAUUACAUCAAGUAUUACAACAAAUGUACUUCACCCUCCCUUUGAAUGCACAUUUUAUUGUAUUAAAUGGUAGAAUUGG